GUCAUGCCAUGUCACGCUGCGAUCGUAACCCCAUCGUCGGGAGGGCGAUCGCGCGCUGUGACUAGGUAGGUAUCGCUGUGUGUGCCCGUCCGUGGUACGGGUGCCAGAUCGCCUGCGAUGCGCAUCUUACGAUGGGCUGGGCGCUCGGUCGGUGCGGCUUGAGGCUGGGGUUUGGCGUCUGGGGUGUGGCGACUUGGGCUCUUACUUCUUACCUACCUCUGUUUUGGGGGCGUGGUGAUGUUGUUGGGGAUGGCGGAGCUGUUGGUGCUGAUGGUUUGCGGUGGCCUUCUAUGUUGGUGGAUAACGAUGUCGAUAUUCGCUCUCCUUGCCCGCGGGCGUCGACAACUGGACUUGUCCGCCCUGGAUGGAUCCCACCUCUUCCGCAACCCAAUCGAGUCUUCCCGCACCUUCGGCCCAGCACCUCCCGCCAGUCCGCGAUGGCGCACCGCAGGACAGAAGCAUACUCCGACUACGGAAUGCCACGGCCUUUCGACGCCAUCCACGUCGCUGCAAUAGCCACCGCCCGCUCUGACGACGCGAACCGCGAGUAUCGACCGACUUAGCUUGUCUCGCCAGCCACAAAAAAAGUGCGGAGUCGGGGCAUGCAAGAAGGCUUGCGGCGAUAGAACAUGAUGGCUUUGAGACUUUCCGGCGAGUCAGGUCGUCUUAAGG